AUGGCAACCCGACUAUCCGUCGACACCGACAAGAAUGGUGGCUCCUCUCGGACCUCAUCUAUCUCUGACCCACGCAAAAGUUCCGUGCAUCAUGGAUCCUCUGAGACUGCUCCAGAACUCGAAGAGAUCAAUUAUGAGAGUGAAUCAACAAGGAAAAGUGACAUUGCCUCGAAAGCCCCGUGGAACUAUUUCCUGCGCGGCCUGCAGGAGACGGAAGAUACGUGCUUUUACCCGCUGUCGUCGAGUGUUAGCGGGCGAGAGGGGCAGAACGCCGUCAGUGCCUCUCCAUUGAAUCCGUCUUCACAGACAAUCCGACCUACCCUUGAGAGUUGUCAACAGGAAGUGUCAACGCCUCGGAGGAAUUUCUCGCAGGACAAGUCAUUAUCGAUUUCGGGGUCAAGGGCGAAUAAUCGUGCUACUGUGUCCGAGCAUCGCGAACAUAUAACUGGAACACUUCCGGGGAUGGAUAACACUGCAAGUCAACCGACGCUUGCCGAGUCAAACGCCUUCUCUUCAUUUUCGUACCGUGGAAAAGAUCAUAAAACACGCUACUUUGGAAGAAGUCACUGGGCCACAACACUAGAUAUGUUUCCAGACCUCAAAACUCACCUACAGAAAUAUAGCGACGAAAAGCAUAAAGAGACACAUCACACGUUCGACGAAUAUCUGACAAUGAAGCGGCUAAAACAUGACAUGAGGGCACAGAAGUCCGACCCCGAUGUUGCACGAUAUCCCUCAGUGCAGCGACUAGAAGAAUUCGUUCCCAGCCGCAGGGCGGCCGAUUCUUUGGUGGACCUCUAUUUUUCGAGUUUUGAAACCACAUUUCGCAUCUUGCACAAACCACAGUUCAUGUCCGAAUACAUGGAUUAUUGGGACACGCAGCGGCCUCCCAGCAAUCGAGCUUCCAGGACACUUUUUGUGGCUAAGCUACUGGCCCUUAUGGCAUGCUCGAGUAACUUUUACGAGGCCCAGACCACCGAAGAGACAAACUCUGGCAGUGUAAGUAUAGCCGCGCGGGCUUGGUUUGAAGGAGUUGUGUCAUGGAUCAAUUCCACGACGGGAUAUGCUCGGCUGAAUCUCGACAUGAUUCAAAUUAAAUGCUUGAUGGUGCUCGGCGCACAGGCUGUCGCAUAUGAAGGAGACUUAGCUUGGAUGACGGCAGGAUCCCUCAUUCGAGAGGCCAUCACGAUGGGUCUCCAUACGGACCCCUCCAAUUUUUCCCGGGUUUCAACUUACAUGGCUGAAAUGAGGCGUCGCAUCUGGCUGACUGUUGUCGAGCUUGACCUCCAAUCCGCCCUACAAAACGGCACACCAAUGGGAAUAUCCUGGGAUGAAAUGGAUGUCUCUCUUCCAUUAAACAUCGACGACGAACGUCUUCAGCUUGAUUCGAUCGAUCCUCCCAUAUCAUCACCAAUCAGCACCGCAACGCGAACGUCAUUUCAACUCAUUUUGGCACAGAGUUUGCAAGCUCGUAUGGCCACUGCCAAGUGUGUCAGCAAUCUACGCUGCCCGUUAGACUACCAGGAGGUCUUGAGCAUUAGUAACGAGUUGAUGACGGGGUUGGCGAAUAUUCCACUGGCACUACGGAGCGAGGAGACGGCUGAAAGCACAGAAUACUCGACGUUCCAAAAAUCGUUCUAUCUCUUUCUCAUCUAUAGAUGUCUACUUGCCCUUCAUCGGCCUUUCCUCCUCACUCUCGCAGACACCAGCGACCCCACAUUCGAAUACUCUCGACGGCUCUGUGUCCAAGCCAGCACAGCACUGCUGGCUCAAUUGGAGUUGUCUGACUUGGACGCGCAAUCCGUCGCUGUAACAAACCAAUCAUACCCCCAUCUCCUGAGAUUGCGUGGGGGGAUGUUUCGCGAUGACAUGUUUCACGCUGCAGCUACUCUGUGCUUCGAGCUCUGUCUAAAAGCGAGAGAUACCCGAAUUCCAUCUCUACCAGGCUCCCGGUCAUCUUUCAUUGACUAUGGGAUAGGCUACCAUAUGGGCUCGCUCUGGCAGAGCGUUGAGAACGCCGUCCAGUAUUUCGAAUUUAAGGUUCGAGCAGAAAAGCAGGGUUGCAAAGCGCUCAUGUUUCUUCAUUUAAUCGUGACUUCGGCGAGAAAUCAUAAUUCACCAUCAGGAAACGACCCCGUUGUUAACCUAGAUGAUGCCUGUCCUAAAGCAUCGCGGCGGUGCCGGGAGCUUUUAUUGGCCGACACGACAAAUGCCAGCGACGGAGCCUCAACCCAUGAGCGGCCGGACUACGCAGAUGCAGCCGAUAUACACGCUUCAUCGCCAAUCGACGCCACAGAGACAGAGACAAUUCAGCACAUGCCUAACCAAGGGCACAUGAUCACACCUCUUUCUAUAAGCGAUUCUAUCCCGGAGGUUCUGGAUCCUUCAUUGGACUGGAAUUUACUUCUCGACUCGUUUGAUCCCUAUUCGACCACUAGGUGGCCAUUGAUGGACCCGUUAAUGUAG